AUGGACCCCCGCGGGAUGCGGCCCCCGCCCCCUCUCUUCUUCCUCACCUUCCUCCUCGCCGCUACCGGUGCCAGGGGGGGCCGUGUGGAGGUGCCCCGCAGCGUGACGGCGGUGCUGGGGCAGGACGUGGUGCUGCCGUGCCGGUACCGGGCGCAGGAGCAGGAGCAGGUGGUGCAGGUGACGUGGCUGAAGCGCGUCCCGGGCGCGGUGCCCGCCGAGGUGGCCGUGUUGAACCUGCAGCACGGCGAGCACGUGCUGGAGUCCUUCGCCGGGCGCGUCCUGCGCCAUGGGCACGGCGCCCUCGAGGACGGGGCCAUCCUCCUGCGCAACGCCGUGCAGGGCGACGAGGGCGACUAUGAGUGCCACCUCAUCACCUUCCCCAUGGGCAACUUCGAGGGCCACCUCACCCUCAGGGUGCUGGUGCCACCCCUGCCCAUCCUGAACCCGGGCCCACCGCUGGAGGAGGGGCAGGGCCGCACACUGGCGGCCUCGUGCACGGCUGAGGGCAGCCCGGUGCCCUCGGUGCGCUGGGAGACCGAGGUGCGGGGCACCAACGCCACGCGGCACUCGGCGCACGCCCGCUCCGCCUCCGUCACCAGCGAGUUCUUCCUCGUGCCGGGGCGCAGCAUGAAUGGCAAGAGCCUCACGUGCGUGGUGGAACACCCAGGGCUGCGCCACGAGAAGAGGAUCACCCACACGCUCAGCGUCGCCUACCUGUCGGAUGCAUCAGUGCUGGGCCACACGGCCGAGUGGCAGGAGGGGAUGGAAGGGGCAGCCCUGACCUGCCUGGGGGACGGUAACCCUCCCCCCACCUACAACUGGACACGGGUGGACGCGCCGCUGCCCGCAGGGGUGCGGGUGAAGGGGGACACGCUGCUGUUCCAGCGGCCCCUCACUGCUGCCGACGCCGGCGACUACGUGUGCAGGGUGGCCAACAGGGUGGCUGCCAAGGAGGCCCGGGCCAAUGUCAGCAUCAGGGGCAGGGCCACAGAGGACCCCGUGCGCCGCGUGGACCUGGUGUCAGCCUCGGUGGUGGUGGUCGGGGUCAUCGCCGCCGUCCUGCUCUGUGUCCUUGUUGUCGUCGUUGUUGUCAUGACCCUCUACCACAAACGCAAGACCAAGCGCAUCUCCGAGAAGUAUGAGGAGGAGCUGACACUGACACGGGAGAAUUCCAUCCGCCGGCUGCACUCCAGCCACAGCACGGACACCCGCACACAGCUGGAGGAGACGCUGCAGCUGCGGGCAGAGAGUCGCCAGGGCAGCCUGAGAGGGGACAGCCUGCGAGGGGACAGCCUGCGAGGGGACAGCCUGAGAGGGGACAGCCUGAGGGGCACCAGCAUCUGCUCCGCCAUGAGCGAGGAGCCCGAGGGCCGCAGUUACUCGACGCUGUCCACGGUGCGGGAGAUCGAGACCCAGACGGACGUUCCGGCGGCUCCGCUGCUGCCGCCGCCCCCCGGGAAGGAGCCCAAGGAGGAGGAGGAGGACGGGGGAGCGGCGGGGGCGGCGGGGGACCCCAUCAAGCAGGCCAUGACCCACUUCGUGCAGGAGAACGGGAUGCUCCAGGCCAAGCCCAGCACCAACGGCAUCUACAUCAAUGGCCGUGGGCACCUCGUGUGA